CGUCUGACCCUGCGCAGUUUGUAGUUUUGUGCUGGUGGGGUCCUGGAAGGCUCUUGGGGUUGCUUGUUCGUAAGUGCGGCUGUGCAGGCACAGUGGCUACACAGAAAAGAUGGGAGAGGAGGCCAAUGAUGACAAGAAGCCAACAACUAAAUUUGAACUAGAGCGAGAAACAGAACUUCGCUUUGAGGUGGAGGCUUCUCAGUCAGUUCAGUUGGAGUUGCUGACUGGCAUGGCAGAGAUCUUUGGCACUGAGCUGACUCGAAACAAGAAGUUUACUUUUGAUGCUGGUGCUAAGGUGGCUGUUUUCACAUGGCAUGGCUGUUCUCUGCAACUGAGUGGCCGCACUGAGGUGGCUUAUGUUUCCAAGGACACCCCUAUGUUGCUUUACCUCAAUACUCACACAGCCUUGGAACAGAUGCGAAGGCAGGCAGAAAAGGAAGAAGAACGAGGCCCUCGAGUGAUGGUAGUGGGCCCCACUGAUGUGGGCAAGUCCACAGUAUGUCGCCUGCUGCUCAACUAUGCAGUGCGUUUGGGCCGCCGUCCUACUUAUGUGGAGCUGGAUGUAGGCCAGGGCUCUGUGUCCAUUCCUGGUACCAUGGGGGCCCUCUACAUUGAACGGCCAGCAGAUGUUGAAGAGGGUUUCUCUAUCCAGGCCCCUCUGGUGUAUCAUUUUGGCUCCACCACUCCUGGCACUAACAUCAAGCUUUAUAAUAAGAUUACAUCCCGUUUAGCAGAUGUGUUUAACCAGAGGUGUGAGGUGAACCGAAGGGCAUCUGUGAGUGGCUGUGUCAUUAAUACCUGUGGCUGGGUCAAGGGCUCUGGCUACCAGGCCUUGGUGCAUGCAGCUUCAGCUUUUGAGGUGGAUGUAGUUGUGGUUCUAGAUCAAGAAAGACUGUACAAUGAACUGAAACGGGAUCUGCCUCAUUUUGUACGUACUGUGCUGCUCCCUAAGUCAGGGGGUGUGGUUGAACGCUCCAAAGACUUCCGCCGGGAAUGUAGGGAUGAGCGAAUCCGUGAGUAUUUCUAUGGAUUCCGAGGCUGUUUCUAUCCCCAUGCCUUCAAUGUUAAAUUUUCAGAUGUCAAAAUCUACAAAGUUGGGGCACCUACUAUUCCAGACUCCUGUUUGCCUUUAGGCAUGUCUCAGGAAGACAAUCAGCUUAAGCUAGUACCUGUCACCCCUGGCCGAGACAUGGUACACCACCUAUUGAGUGUUAGCACUGCUGAGGGUACAGAGGAGAACCUUUCUGAGACAAGUGUGGCUGGCUUCAUUGUGGUGACCAGUGUGGACCUGGAGCAUCAGGUAUUUACUGUCUUGUCUCCAGCCCCUCGCCCACUGCCUAAGAACUUCCUUCUCAUCAUGGAUAUCCGGUUCAUGGAUCUCAAAUAGAGAUCAGCAAGAAGCCUUUCUUUCUGGGCACAGAGAUCUUGUGGCCAUCACCAAAGACAAAUGGGCUGAAAUAUGAGAAUCUUCUGAGGCCAGCUGACCAGGAAACUAGAUUAGUAGAAAACAUAUUCUACCUCUUAAAACAGAUGGUGGUAACCAAACUCUGAAUCAAAGGGAGAGCCAUGAGAACCAUGAAAAUAUAAUUGUUAGAUCACCUAAGAUGCUACUUCAAAUUCUCUUAAGACCCUGGAGAAUUACAUUUCUUUCACUUUACUACCAUAUAGAUUUUUUAAAAUCACUUUAUAUUCCAUAUAUAAUACUUGCUGUCUCAUUUAUCCAGUAUGAAAGUAUGAAUUUAGAGGAACUCCUUUCAACAAACUUCAAAUUUAAAAAGUUUUUAAUAAAUAUUUUUAUCUCAUA